AUGGUGGCAAGCAAGGACGAUGGGCAGAAGCGUGACGCCGCCGUUCAGUUGGAACACAGUCAGAAAGACAAAGCUCACUUGGUGGACCUAGCAUGGACUUCUAAAAGAGAGAGACGGCUUGUCAGGAAGAUUGACGCACAUCUACUACCCAUGCUCUUUCUGAUAUACAUAUUCAACUAUCUGGAUCGCACUAACAUCGGAAACGCACGUAUCGCGGGCAUGGCGGACGAUCUUCAACUGGAUGGUUCUCGCUAUAACUGGGCGUUGUCAAUCUUCUUCUUUGGAUAUCUCAUUCUUCAAGGACCAUCGAACUUGAUCCUUGCCUACACAAAACCUUCGAUCUAUCUGCCUAUAAUCAUGAUCUGUUGGGCUACAAUCUCAGCAUGCACAGCCGCGGUUCAGUCGUACCAAGGGCUUCUUGUCGUUCGUUUCUUCCUCGGGGUGGUCGAAGCUGGGGUUUUCCCAGGGGCGAUUUUCUUGCUUUCUUCCUGGUACACGCGAAAGGAAUUGGCCAAGCGCGUCUGUCUUUUGUACACUGGAUCCAUCGUCAGUGGCGCGUUCGGGGGCCUCUUCGCUUACGGCAUUACCAACAAUUUGGUUGAUGCGCGGGGAAUAACGGCAUGGCGCUGGUUAUUCUUGAUUGAAGGGGUUGCAACCAUUGCCGUUGCAUUGUUGGCAAUCGUCAUUUUGCCUGAUUUUCCCCUAUCAACUCGGUGGCUUUCAACUGAGGAGCGACAGAUUGCCGACUUGCGCCUAGCUCGAGACGGGCAUGAAAGGGGAAAGAAGAGGCAAAUUUCCCUCCGAGGUCUCAAAUUAGCGUUGAGAGAUUGGAGAACAUACCUCUUCAUUUUGCCUUGCAUGACUGCCACAUGUGCUGGGACGUUUACGUAUUUUAUCCCAACUUUGGUGGCAGAUCUUGGUUAUACUUCGGCGAUUGCACAGGCUAUGUCAUCUCCCCCUUACGUCUGGGCAGGCAUUGUAGUAAUGACUAAUGGAACCGUCUGCGAUUGGAACCAGCAAAGGGCGUGGCAUUCUGCCGUUCCAAUAACAAUCGCGGGGAUUGGAUUCAUUCUAUUGACGAAAGUUACCAACGACGCUGUCAAGUACUUCGCCUUGUUCCUCUGCGGUGCUGGUGUUUGGGCCCCUAUACCGAUUAUUCUGUCCUGGCUCAGCGACACAAUGCGUUUCCCACCGGAGAAGCGUGCAUUUGCGAUCGGCUUCGUGAACACACUUUCGAACCUUAGCUCAGUUUAUGGCAGCCAGCUUUACCCCAGUUCGGACGGACCACAAUACUGGCAAGGACAUGCCGCCAAUGCGGCAUUCUGCUUUUCUGGCGGUUAG